CAUCCUCUCGUGUGGAUUUCCUUGGUUCCUCGAUGCGAGUGCUGCUUUUGCCGUUGGCUUCUCUCCAGUUCUACCACCAGUGUCACAAGAUGGCCCCCAAGAAGGCAGAACCAAAGAAGGAGGCCCCGAAACCAGCACCCCCUCCAGAACCAGAAAAGCCAAAGGAGCCUGAGUUUGACCCCAAGAGCAUCCCGAUCGAGUUCACUCCCGACCAGAUUGAAGAGUUUAAAGAGGCGUUCCUGCUGUUCGACAGAACGCCAACUGGUGAGAUGAAGAUCUCAUACGCCCAGUGUGGGGAUGUCAUGAGAGCCCUGGGCCAGAACCCCACCAAUGCAGAGGUCAUGCGAGUCCUGGGAAAACCCAAACCGGAAGAUAUGAACACAAAAAUGAUCGACUUUGAGACUUUCUUGCCAAUGUUCCAGCAUGUGUCUAAAUCCAAGGACCAGGGUACCUUUGAGGACUUUGUGGAGGGGCUGCGAGUGUUUGACAAGGAGGGGAACGGCACCGUGAUGGGUGCUGAGCUCCGUCACGUACUAGCCACUCUGGGGGAGAAGAUGACAGAGGGAGAGGUAGAACAACUGAUGGCCGGACAAGAAGAUGGCAAUGGCUGUAUCAAUUAUGAAGCCUUCGUCAAACACAUCAUGGCUGGGUGAACGCAAAAGGUGCGGCCAUCUCAUCUUCGAAUUAUUACUCUUUGACGAGCGUAUGAUUGGCAUAUUUAUUGGAACUGACAGAAUAGACAAGGGAAAUUACUAAAAAGC